AGCCGCGCAAGAAAUCCAUCGAUCUCAUUGAGGAUGCCGCGCCCACCACCUGCUCAACGCCCUCCUCCUGCGCCUCGCCCACUUCCUCACUGAGCACGCACAGCGCCUACUUGCAGGCGGCGAAGCGGGGAUCAAUUGACAGCCUGGGCGGCGGAAGCUCGGGUCCUGGGACCACCCACAUCACUGGGAACGGACUGAGCGGCAGCACCAAUUCGGCCGCCUCACCUUCGCCAGUGGCCAGCGCCUCGUCCGGCCCGUCAUCGCCAGUCCACACCGAGGAUGAGAAGCAGGAGAACGAGUCGACUGAGAAAUCGGAAAUGGAGCACUACUAUAAUAGCAUGCCGCGACGUCGGCGCAGCGAAAAUGAAGGUCGAACCAGCAAAACAGAGGAGCAACAACAUUCCAUCACGUCGCCGCAGCGCGUCGUAGCCAACAAGCGUAGCAGCAUUACUGUCAAUAUGCCAGCCGCUGGACUCGGACAGCGUCCACCCAGCAUUAUCUCGACGACGAGCAAUGAUGAGGGUGGCUUUAACGAGCCUUGUCCAGAGCUGAAGGCAAAACUGCAGCCUGCCGAGCAGCCACACAGUCUCAAUUAUGUUGAUGUGGGCUAUCGUCUCAAUCCGGACGGUAGCGAGGCUCGAGAGGUUUACGGCUCUGAGGCGGAACUCUAUGAUACGGCCAAGGUUGCAGAUAUGCAGCGCAAAUUUCAUGGCGCCAAUGGCUUCGGUCAGGAGUCCAGCACAGUCUAUGCGAUCAUCAAGCCAGAGCUGCAGGAGCCGGCGGCACGCACGAUUCUGCAAUCGCCUACAGCCAAGGCGGGUGAGGCCAGUGAUGGCUCCCCAUUGCAUCGCACUGUUUACAACUCGCCGCCAGUGGGUGUGGUCUCGCCAAUAAGACGACGCAAUAGCCAUCAUAGCGAGCACAACAAUAGCAAUGCUGGCAGUGCGAAGUCCACUCCACCCAUGUCACCCGCACGGACCAUUAUGGGUAAGGGCAUUGCGCCCAUCGCCUCCAUUGAUGCACACGAAGAGGAGGAGGGCUUGGAUGAGGAUGAGGACGAUGUGCAGUUGGCGGUGGAGUAUGUGGAAGCGGUGAACGAAUGUGCUCCUGUCCUGCCAGAACGGCGCUCCAUGCAGGCGCAUGCCUUGGAGCUGCAGGACUUGGAGUAUGCCGACACCAGUGCUGGCGAGGAUGAAGAUGAUAUGAUGCAGCAUUUAAAAUACGGCGAACUCGACGCACAGCUCAUUGACGAUGUGGUUGAUGAGGUGCUCAAGGUGCAGGCAACCCCUGCAGUUGUAGCUCCUGCUCCUGCUCCUGCUCCCGCUCCUGCUGCUACAAAUAUGCCGCGAGAUGACAGCCUGCCGGACGCCAUGACCGCCGCCGAGGCGGAGCGAUUGUUGAGCUCAAGUAUUUUGGAGAACAAAAUCAGGCAACAGUCGCUGCUGUCGGACGAGCAGGCUAAGGAAGUCGAGCAAAUACUCAACGCAGCGCCCGGUGUGGGCGUGGCAGUUGCUGCCGUUGUUGCCACAGCAACAUCGCCGACCAGCAUCAAGAAUCUCAUUGAAGAUUUGCCAGCGCAAUCAGCGGAGAGGGCCAAGGGAGAGCCCGCAAAAGAAGCCCAGCAGGAAAUACAAAUUGCAGCUGCUGCAAUUGCUGUUGUUCAAGAAGAAGACGACGAAGACGGAGACGACAACGGAGACGACGUAAUUGGGGAAAAGGAGCAGCUGAAAGAGGAGCAGCGCCAACACGCAGAGCGCGACGAAGACAACGAUGACGAUGAUGACGAUGAGGAUGAUGACGAUGUUGAAGCUGUGGACAUUGUAGGCAUUGGACACGCUUCUUCAUCUUCACCUGCCAUUGGCUCAAAUUCUGUUGCAUUGAAUGCCGCCUUUGUCAAAGCGGACAGCACGGAAACCGAUACAACAACAACCACAACGACAACAACGCCAUCAACAGCGACUGCAACAACAAACAACACCCGCCACGACGAUGAUGAGCCGGAAUGGCUGCGUGAUGUGCUAGAGGCGCCCAAGCGUAGUCUAGAGAAUCUUCUAAUUAGCACAACCCCAACACCAGGAGCAUCACCAGCAACACCAGCAACAACUACCACAAAAAGUCAACGGAUUCCGCUGGAAGAGGAACUUGAGGAGACCUACGAGCUAGGCGGCAAACAUUCCGAUUUAAAUCAAACCUACAUCACUGGCAACGAAUCGCUGCACGAGUCCAUUGUAUCCGUGGAGUCCACACAAUCGGAUGCCACCUUUAAUCAGACCACAACCAUCGAUGAUAGCAUCAUCUCCAGCAAGCACAACUCCACCUACUCGUUAGCUGACGUCGAACCGGCCACAAACUCGACCUUCUUGACUGGAAGUGGUGGCGCAACCGAACUCGACGACAGCCAGUACUACAUACCCGAAUACCCGCCGGUGCGCAGCAAGGAGGUGCUUGUGGAGGCGGGCGUACAUUACUUCGAGGAUGGCAACUUUUGGAUGGAAGUGCCAGGUCUGUUAGACUUCGAUGACGACGAUUGCUCCUAUCCGCCCAUAACUGUGCGCAAGAACCCCAAGGUGCGCUUUAGCUCCGGACCCAUACACGUCUAUUCCACAUUCUCGGUCACCGACUACGAUCGCCGCAAUGAAGAUGUCGACCCUGUGGCAGCCUCGGCUGAAUACGAGCUCGAGAAGCGCGUCGAGAAGAUGCAUGUCUUCCCCGUGGAAUUGAUGAAAGGUCCUGAAGGUUUGGGUCUCAGUAUUAUUGGCAUGGGCGUUGGCGCCGAUGCAGGUCUUGAGAAAUUAGGCAUCUUCGUGAAAACAAUUACCGAUAACGGCGCAGCAGCGCGUGACGGUCGCAUACAGGUGAACGAUCAGAUCAUCGAAGUAGAUAGCAAAAGUCUGGUAGGUGUGACACAAGCCUACGCAGCAUCCGUAUUGCGCAACACAUCCGGUCUAGUCAAAUUCCAAAUCGGACGCGAACGCGAUCCCGAGAACUCGGAGGUAGCGCAGCUCAUACGACUGAGCUUGCAAGCCGAUCGUGAGAAAGAAGAGCGCCUAAAGCGCCAACAAGAGGAGUACUUGAGACGAACCCUCGACUAUUCCGAAGACUCCACACAGCCCGUCUCUGCUAAUUCGAGUGUUUGCGAAGGUCCCUCCAGUCCCGUGCAGGUCGAACAUCCCAUGGAGGUGGAGGCUACGCACUCACAGGAGGUAGAGUCGCUUAAGCGACUGCUACAGGAGCAUAAAGCGCUGGUCAAACUAGAGACAACUGGCAAUGAGAACGAGUUGCUCAGCGAGCGUUUGCGCCAGAGCGAGCGAGAGCUCGGCAACAUCAAGAAGGAGGCUGCGAAUCUGCAGAACAUGCUGCAGCAGUCCCAGGCCCAGUACAUGGCCUUGGACAAGAAGUACAACAAGGCGAAGCGUCUGGUGCGCGAGUAUCAGCAACGGGAGCUGGACAUGUGCCAUCGCGAGGAGUUCUAUCAGCAGCUGCUGCAGGAAAAGGAUACCGAGUACAAUGCCCUGGUGAAGAAGCUGAAGGAUCGCGUCAUCAAUCUGGAGCAUGAGCUGCAGGAGACGCAGCGCAAGGCCGGCUUCCCAGUCGGCCUGCCCUAUGACAGUGCCACGCUGAAAUUGACGCCACAAAUGCUGCGGAAGACGCCGCCGAAACCGCUCUUUCAUAAACUGGAAACAGAGCUAUCCGACACGGAAAUAUCGGAUCUGUCGCCAGAUGGCGAUGGCGUCAAGACGGCCACCGUGGAGCGCAAGGUGCCAGUAAAGGAUGAGCUGGAUGCGGCCGUGCCACAGCACGAGCUGCUGGACAACUCUGUAAACAAGACGAAAAUCGAACUGGCCUCCCGUGGUGGUUUAGCCAAUCGCCAGCUGCCGUCCGCCAAUGGCUCCAAUGGCGCCGCGAAUGGCAACGGCAAUGGCAGCGAACUCAGCCAGCAACUGGCCAACGGAAGUCUGGCUAAACGGAGUCGCAGCAACAGUCGAAGCUCGGAUUGCACGCUGGACGACAGCGAUGAGGAGGACUCGGCCCUGAAUUUGGCAACAUCUGGCGCACAUGACACCAUCAGCCUGUCGAACGGCAAUUCGCAUCUGUUGGCCAACGUUAACAAUUUGCUGCAGCACCAUCCGCCAGCCUCCAAUACGCCCAUAGGGGGUGCAGUUGUUACUCCCACGAACGGGCAUUUGGGGACCACGACCGCCAUUCUCUUGAACUCCACAUCGUCGGCUUCGUCCAGCUCGUCAAAUCAGUCGACGGCACGUGAGGCACAAAUCAACCAGCUGUAUGCGCAGGUCCACAAGGAUCCGAGUAAGCAGCAGCAGCAGCAACAACAACAACAGCCGCAGCAACAACCACAACAGGCCGCAGUCAGCAAUUUGCCGAGCAUCUUUAAGAACGUGCUCGGCUCACCGGCAGACAAUGGCGGCCUGAACGACUUCCACCGGGGCAGCAUGACAACCUUCGGCACUGGCGCGGCCAGCAGCAGCAAUCGAGAUCUGAACAGCAGCUAUGACUCCAUACUGGGCUCCAAUGACAAGUUGUCGGAGAACGAGCAGGCCGAGAACUGGAUGUAUCCGAGUAGGCGACGAGUGGCGCCCAAUGGCAGUAAACUGCCUUCGUCCACAUUCACCGAACAACUCAGUCAGGCACUGUCCGAUCGUGAGAGGCGCCUGGGCGAUGGAUCCUCGCGGCAUUCCAGCGACGAUUAUACGGAGAUCAACAAAAGUCAAAGUGUGGCGGCGAUCAAUUGCAAGACGUUGAUCAAUGAGAUUCGUCAGGCGGUGAAUGAAGCGCAGCCAAAAGUUAAACAAGUCGUACCACAAUCACUCUCUCCGCCCGGCACAGUGCCAUGGCAACAGCAGCAUCAACAGCAGCAGCAGCAGCAACAAUCGGCGCAUGCUACCGGCCCCCCAUCGCCCACCAGCAUGUCCUCGGGCUGCUCAUCGCCCGGCUACUCGCCGAGUCGCACCCUCGAUCUAUCCGGUUCGAGUUCGAGUUUCUCGGAUCGCAAAGCGGCCGCCGGCUACAACUAUAAGGGAGGUCCCGUGCACGAAUGGAGCAAGGAGCAGGUUGGACACUGGUUGAUGGGCAUUGAAUUGGAGCGCUAUAUACCAGUCUUUAAGGAGCACAACGUUGAGGGUGGCGCCUUGCUCACGCUCGACUCGAAGGACUUCAAGACUUUGGGCGUGUCGGGAGAUGAUAAGCAUCGCUUGAAGAAGCGUUUGAAAGACUUGAAGGCCAGCAUCGAGAAGGAGCGCAAGGAUAUGGAGAGAGAGAGACGCGAACGGGAGAAGGCCAUACGCAAGGCCGAGAAGAAGGCGGCCAAAAAAAAGUAGUUGAAUUUUAGUCCAUAAGUAACAAAGUAGCCAAAAACCAAAAGCAUACAAAGUAAUAGUAUAUGUAUACAUAGCACACGUAUAUAUACCUACAUAUAUAGAUAUAUCGUAUGACAGUUAUAUAUAAACUAUAUAUAUAUAUAUAUAUACAUAACGUCUAGUUUAAUGCAUGAUGAAGAAAAAGGAAUAACAAAACCAAGCAUAAUUUAUUUGUACAACAACAACAACAACAACAACACAUCUAUUAUACAUACGUACUACAUUUUAACUUAUUGAACCUAAUGGAAUUUAGUCGUAAUUAUUCUAAAACAAGGAGUACGAGAUGGAAACAGGAGAGCAGUGAGCAUUGGCAAUGAGCAAUGGGGGCGUAGUUCGGGGCUACCAAAAGAGUAGCGUAGAUGUGAGGAACAGACAGACAGACACAAACACACACACACACACACACACAGUAACAAGAAGCUAUACUAUAAUCACAAAACUAACAACGUUGGACUGACUGAUUUUUAUGAUUAAUUUUAAAGGGUAUCCACGAAUUCUUACGCGCCUCUCCCUCCUUUCGUUCAUCUUCCCUGUUCUUAUUUGUCUUUUCAAACCAAAUUAAACACUACGAGCAAACGAAAAUUGUAUAACACUUAAGGAAUUCGCUGAACAGACUUGAACAGUAUAACAAACUGCUUCAAAGAAUUUAUUAUAUUACGGAAAGGGAAAGAAAAAUAUAAAUGUAUUAAAUUUAUAUUAACAUGAUUAGUUUAAGCGAUAACAGCGAAAGCAAACAAAGCAUAAGAUAAACGCAAACGUCUUUCUUUCAAUCUAGUAACGCAUAAUUAUUAAUACUAUACAUACUAUAUAUACAAAUCUACUGUGUAAUUUAAAUAUAGCUCAUAUUCUCGUAUUCGUAUUCUAUUAUAGUAGUUAUAGCAGCGAUUGUAUUGUAUUGUAUUUGUAUUUGUCAAGGCAUAUAUUGUAUGGAAAGUGUGUGCGUGAGUGUGCGUUUACUUUUAUGAACAUGAAUAUUAUUAUUACUAUUAACUAUUACACUACCCCAAGCUAAAGUAUUGUAUGCUAUUCUAUUCUGUGUGUACUGUGUCGUCUGAAAGUCAUUCUAAGUACUUAAGUAGCGCGCUGAUUUUAGAAUUUGGCAUUUUCCUGAAAACUGUUCUCCUUGUUCUCCAUCCAGCUAUCAAGUUAUCAGACGUAAUAAUUGAGAGCACUUGGAGCAGAUUGUAAUUUGAAACACCCUCUUGAUGCAACUGAUUUGCCUGAACAGUUUGCAGUUUCCGGAAAAUUGAAGCAACUAUAUUUUGUAAGCGACAUCUGUUUCUUAAAUUACCUUAUCUUUUGAGUUCUGUAUAAUUGUGUAUAGUUAUAUGUUUUACUGUGUUCUCGUAUACUUUUAUAAUUUGAACCUUGUAUUUGUGUUUGUCUACCUAGUUUUAUUUACUCUAGACUUCAAAAUCAAAUUUCUGAAAUG